AUGAAUUAUAAGAAAGAAACUUUAGAACUACUUGGUUAUGAAAAUGUGGAAUGUUUUAUACCAAAAAACUUACUAAAUGACUUUCCAUAAUACUUUACUACAGAAUAAUAACCUCCAUUAGUAACUGAAAUUUCUGAAAGUAAAUUAGAGUAAUAUAAAUAAUAGUGACUGAAAAUGGACUGAUUUUUAUGUCAGCUCUAAGUCAGAAUAAUACUCCUUAAGUUUCGUCAUAACUUUUAAGGUCUGUAUAAUCAAAGAGUUCUCAAGGAAAAAUAAGAAUCUUUUUCCCUUAAAGUAUCUACAAUAUUAAUAUCUUUUAAGAAUGGCCAGUGGUGAAGACCAACAUGAGUCCUUUUUCUUUUUCAAGAUAUUCUCAUUUUCAAUCUUUAAUCAUCAGAAAUUGGUACUAUUUAGACAAUAGCAAUAAUAUUUAAGGUAUAUAUAUUAUAAAAUACAAAAAGGACCAUUUUCUUGUGUCGAAAUGGAUAAUUGGUAUCGAAAAAAUUUACUGAAUCCAGAUUUGCUAAUAAGUUAUAAAUCUAGAGACUUAACUUCGUUUGUAAAAGUAAAAGAUCUUCUUAAAGAUUCUGAAAAUCCAAGAUGCAAUAAAAUUCUAAAAUAGAUGUAUAAGAGAGCAUCAAGUGCUAUUAAUAAUAGUAAAUAGUUUAUAGAUAAUAUUAGAGUAAAGAAUUUCGAAUGAUUCUCCAAUGAGUAAAGCAUCAACUGAACUAUCUUUNAUUUCAAAUAGAAAAUUUGAAAAUUUGACAAUAAUUAUUAUAACUGUUAUACAAAAAUAUUCAGAAAUCAAAUUUUAUAUAAAUUGA